AUGGAUCGGGUCCCGGCCGCAAAUGGGCUCUCUUUCCGGGUCGGAUUCACCGGCUACAGCGGCCAUCUCAGAAUUGAACCUCUCCCUCCCGUUGAACGCCCCAAUCCCCUGCACUCCCUCCCUGACUUCAUUCCUCCACCAGCGUUUCCAUUGGAAACUCCUGAAACUAUUAAGGAGUACAUAAAGGAGAAACAUUUGCUGCCUAGGUUGGAUGAGGAUGUCUUUUCUCCUGAAAAUGCAGGACGACAGUGGGAAUUUGACUGGUUUGAUAGAGCCAAGACCGAACUAGAGCCUUCAUUUCCGCGGUCUGUGGUUGUUCCAACAUGGGAAAUGCCUUUCAGGCGCAAAAACCAUGGCCCCGGAGAUGAAAGGUGGGAGCCGAACUCAGUAGAGGUAGAUGUAUCAGAACUCACAGUAGGAGCCAAGGAUUCUGGUGCUUUGCCUCGCAUUGUUGGACCUGCAAAGGAUUUUGUAAGAGGAAGCAUCAACAACCGUCCUUUUCACCCAGGUGGCUUGGAUAAUACUGAUUCCUUGGGAAAGAUACUUCCAGAUGGUGCUUGCAAUGGUGAAUGGGUAAAAGAGGUUCUUGACGGGGGUCCUGCACAAGUCGUUCCCCCAGGUUUUAAAGAUGGACUGGGUUUUGGUGAUCUGAAGGAACAUUCUUGCACAUGGAAUGUUUUUGAGAAUCAAAGUGCAGUGAAGAGUGCGCCAGAUAUGCAGCUGAAUGAGUUUUCCGUGCAGUUUGAUGACUUAUUUAAGAAAGCUUGGGAAGAGGAUGUCAUAGAAUCUGUGGGAGAUGGCCACAUGUUAGAGUUAAAAAUGGAAGUGAAAGAGUUGGAGUCUGUCAAGGAAUCUAGUCAGACAGAAACUGAAGUAAAAGAGCUGUAUUUGGCUGGUGAUGUGAUAAAUGGCGAAUCAUCUGUUAUAGAUCAAAUUUUGUCUGUUGAAUCAGAAAAAUCGAUGUCAAGGUUUGAUGGAGAUAAUGAUGAUGGUGCACAACAACAAAAGGAGGUGUGGGCCGUUAGUGGAGGCAGUGAAGAGAUUGCAGAACGGUUUUAUGAACUUGUUCCUGAUAUGGCGCUUAAUUUUCCUUUUGAACUUGAUCCUUUCCAAAAGGAGGCCAUCUAUCAUCUUGAAAGAGGGGAUUCUGUUUUUGUGGCAGCUCAUACAUCAGCUGGGAAGACUGUUGUUGCAGAAUAUGCAUUUGCUCUCGCUUCAAAACACUGUACAAGAGCUGUAUAUACUGCUCCUAUUAAAACCAUCAGCAAUCAAAAGUACAGAGAUUUUUGUGGGAAAUUUGAUGUUGGUCUGCUCACAGGUGAUGUUAGCUUGAGGCCUGAGGCCUCUUGUCUCAUCAUGACCACUGAGAUAUUAAGAUCAAUGCUCUAUAGGGGUGCUGACAUCAUACGUGACAUAGAAUGGGUCAUAUUCGAUGAAGUGCAUUAUGUUAAUGAUGUUGAAAGAGGUGUCGUUUGGGAAGAAGUUAUUAUCAUGCUUCCUAGGCAUAUCAACUUUGUGCUACUUUCAGCCACGGUACCAAACACUAACGAGUUUGCUGAUUGGAUUGGUCGGACAAAACAAAAGCAAAUUCGGGUUAUUUGGACAACUAAAAGACCAGUCCCUCUGGAGCAUUGCCUUUUUUAUUCUGGAGAGCUUUACAAGAUCUGUGAAAAUGAAAAAAUUCUGCCGCAGGGUUUAAAAGCUGCUAAAGAUGCUACCAAGAAGAAAAACACAAAUGUUGCUGGUGGCGCAGGAACCUAUUCUGGUUCUUCAGCAGCCAAUGACAGGGCUCGAAAUCAGAAACGUGAAAGUUUCUCUCAGGGAAAACAGAACAAACAUUCUGGAUUCCAAAAUUUGGGGAAUUCUGGGCCUGGUUGGGGAAAUCAAAACAGUGGUGGUGGCAACGCUUGGGGAUCACGGAGAUCAGAAGCUUCUUUGUGGUUGUCACUUAUAAACAAGCUUUCAAAGAAAUCCCUCUUACCAGUGGUCAUAUUCUGUUUUUCAAAAUUUCGUUGUGACAAAUCAGCUGAUAAAAUGACUGGGACUGACCUCACAACUAGCACAGAGAAAAGUGAAAUCCGGAUCUUCUGUGAUAAAGCAUUUUCAAGGUUAAAAGGAUCAGACAGAAAUCUACCGCAGGUUGUUAGAGUUCAAGAACUCCUUAGGAGAGGCAUUGGUGUUCACCAUGCUGGAUUGCUUCCAAUUGUUAAGGAAGUCGUGGAAAUGCUUUUCUGUCGUGGGGUAAUCAAGAUUCUGUUUUCAACGGAGACAUUUGCAAUGGGAGUCAAUGCCCCAGCUAGGACGGUUGUUUUCGAUGCUUUAAGGAAGUUUGAUGGCAAGGAAUUUCGGUCGUUACUUCCUGGAGAAUAUACUCAGAUGUCUGGUCGUGCUGGCAGGAGAGGACUAGAUAAAAUUGGCACAGUUGUUGUGAUGUGCCGUGACGAAAUACCUGAGGAGGGGGAUUUGAAGCAUGUUAUAGUUGGCAGUGCAACUAAGCUUGAAUCUCAAUUUCGACUUACCUACAUCAUGAUCUUGCAUCUCCUUCGUGUUGAAGAGCUGAAGGUAGAAGACAUGCUGAAAAGAAGUUUUGCAGAAUUUCAUGCUCAGAAGAAACUUCCAGAGCAGCAACAACUUCUAAUGCUAAAGCUUGCUCAGCCUACUAAAGCGAUUGAAUGCAUAAAGGGCGAACCGGCUAUAGAAGAUUAUUAUGACCUGUACUCGGAGGCUGAGAGGUAUAGCAAUCAGAUAACAGAGGCAGUCAUGCAGUCCCCAGCUUCCCAACAAUAUCUCACUCCUGGAAGGGUGGUAGUUGUAAAAUCACAAUCUGUCCAAGAUCACCUAUUAGCAGUUGUUGUCAAAGCCCCUUCUGGUAACUAUAAACAGUACAUGGUGUUAGUGCUGACUCCUGAAUUACCUUCAACACUGCCUACGCAGUCAGAUAGUGGAAAUUUGAAAGAGAAAAAGGGUGCUGAUUUCCAAAUAUUGGUACCAAAAUCAAAACGUGGUUUGGAGGACGAUUAUUGUUCUUCUGUCACAUCUCGUAAAGGAUCUGGUGUUGUCAAUAUAAAAUUACCUCACCGUGGUUUUGCUGCUGGAGUGAAUUACGAGGUUAGGGGAGUUGAUAAUAAGGAGUUCUUGGCCAUAUGCAAUCACAGAAUAAAGAUUGACCAAGUUCGACUUCUUGAAGAUGUUAGUGCUGGCGCCUAUUCAAAUACUGUUCAGCAGCUUCUGACUCUAAAAUCUGAUGGAAAUAAGUAUCCACCUCCCUUGGAUCCAGUGAAAGAUCUGAAGUUGAGAGACGUCAACAUCGUUGAAGCUUACUACAUUUGGAAUAGCCUAUUGCAGAAGAUGGCACAGAAUAAGUGUCAUGGAUGUAUUAAAUUGAAUGAGAACAUCAAGAUAGCUCGAGAAUUGAAGCGGCACAAAGAGGAAGUGAAUGCUCUGAAGUUUGAAAUGUCAGACGAGGCACUUCAGCAGAUGCCUGACUUUCAGGGUCGGAUAGAUGUUUUGAAGGAAAUUGGUUGUAUUGAUUCUGACCUCGUAGUGCAAAUUAAAGGCCGUGUUGCCUGUGAAAUGAAUUCUGGGGAGGAGUUGAUAUGCACUGAGUGCUUGUUUGAAAAUCAACUGGACGACCUGGAACCAGAAGAAGCUGUGGCAAUAAUGUCUGCCUUUGUUUUUCAGCAGAAGAAAACUUCUGAACCUUCUCUUACCCCAAAGCUGUCUCAAGCUAAAAAGAGAUUGUAUGACACGGCUAUAAGACUAGGAGAGCUUCAAGCACAGUUCAAACUGCCAGUUGAUCCCCAGGAAUAUGCCCAAGAGAAUCUUAAGUUUGGUCUUGUUGAAGUCGUCUAUGAAUGGGCAAAGGGCACACCAUUUGCAGAUAUCUGUGAACUUACUGAUGUUCCUGAAGGUAUGAUAGUAAGGACAAUUGUCAGAUUGGACGAAACAUGUCGUGAAUUUAGGAACGCUGCAGCAAUUAUGGGUAAUUCUUCAAUCUUCAAGAAAAUGGAAACUGCUUCGAAUGCAAUCAAGCGUGACAUCGUCUUCGCUGCUAGCUUGUACAUUACGGGGGUGUGA